AUGAUUUGGACUUCUCUAUCAUUACUGGCUAUUGUAUUCCUCGCCUUCUCUCUGUGGUACAGAAAAACUUUCAGCUAUUGGGCGAAAUAUAAGAAGGUUGUGGCCAGUGUACCAGGCAAUGUGCUAAAUGGAGAACUUCUUGAUAUUGUAACGUUGAAAACCAGUUUCGUUCUACAAUUGAAGUCAAUCUACGAGAACCCAAAGUUUGCCAAUGAAGCCGUAGUAGGAAUCUAUGGCAUUAAUACACCCGCGCUGCUGAUUAAAGAUCCGGAGAUAAUAAGGAACAUAUUGAUAAGUGACUUUGAAUGGUUCUGUGAUCGAUUCUCCACACCCGAUCCACUUCAUGAUUUUUAUGGAGCCAACUGUAUGUUCUUUGCCCGCUACAAGCUGUGGAGAGAUGUUCGUACAAAACUCUCUCCCAUUUUCUCUAGCGGUAAAUUGAAACACAUGUAUCCGUUGGUGCGGAAUGUGGCUGAAAAUUUGGAAAAUUAUCUGAACAAGCAUGGAGAUGUGUUUGUUGCAGAGCUUAAGGAUCUGUGUGCCCGAUACACCACUGAUGUAACUGCCACCACCAUGUUUGGAAUUUGUUCCAACUCUCUGGAAUGUCCCAAGGAACCUAUGCAUAUUGAGACGCGUAAAUUCGGAUCAUACAAUUUGAGAAGAGCUUUCGAUGGUCUGAUUAUUUUUAUGGCGCCUCAGUUAGCCAAACUCUUUAGAAGCCGCUAUUGGAAUCAAGAAAGUGCACAAUUUCUUGGGCAUUCCCUGCGCCAUGUGAUGACUGAGAAGUCCAAGACAAAGGAGAGAGAUACUGAACAAUUCUUUGAAAUUAUACUUUCCCAAGCUAUUAUAUUUUUGGCAGGUGGCUACGAGACCUCAUCAAGUACCAUAGCUCAUGCUUUAUUUGAACUGGCCAAGAAUCAGGAAAUGCAGAACAAGUUAAGAGAAGAAAUUCAUUGCACAGUUCAGCAGGAAGGGGGAACAGUGACGUAUGAGGCCAUCAAAAAAAUGAAGUACCUGGAAAUGUUUAUAAAUGAGACACUUCGCGUGUAUCCUGUAAUACCUUUUCUGGAAAGAAUAUGUGGUAAAUCCGAAUCAUAUUCUCUGAGGCCAUAUUGCGAUUAUGACAUACCACAAGGAAUGGCUGUCUACAUAUCAGCAUAUGCCUUGCACUUCGAUCCACAGUAUUGGCAUGAUCCCACAAAAUUCGAUCCGGAACGGUUCUCUGAGGAAAACAAGGAAUCUAUAAAUCCAAUGGUCUAUCUGCCCUUCGGAAAUGGUCCCCAUAAUUGCAUUGGAAGUCGUUUGGGUAUGUUGGUGGUAAAGUGCGGUUUGUUGCAUAUCCUCAAAAAUCACUUCGUACGUGUGUGCAAUGCAACCAAUAUUCAACCAAAAAUGGAUAGAAAAUCUGUUGUUUUCCAACUGGAAGGUGGCAUACAUUUGGAGCUGGUUCGAGAUAACAAAUGCGAAAAAAUGGCAUUGCUCGACGAUUCCAAAAACCAUGGAAAACAACGAAACUAUAGAGGUAAUAAAACACGCAACGCUCUGCUACAGACAAUAUCAAGUGUAACUAAAAUCGCGUUCAGGCCUGAAUAUCGCGCCUCCUCCUUGCUGGUCAAGCGCCUAGUUUACAGAGAUAAACGAAUAUAUUUUAAUAUGCGGGCAGAGCAAGCCGAAAAUCCAACUAAAAUUGGAAACAUGCGUGGUGUAUACGUGUCAGUGAAACAAAUUAGUGGCAACAAUAUAAGGCCAACGGCAAUAAUAAAAGAUGAGGAAUUAACAACACCUGAACAGGGAUAUAUCUACCCACCCACCUGCGAAGAAAUUGAGGCCGUUCUGGUCUCACUCAAAAAUGGUUGCUUUAGAUUUGCGCAUUUAAAAAAGAUGUUUUUGUUUCUAUUUUCAAUAUUGCUGGUUGUACUAGUUCUUAAAGUCUUUCAAUGGUACAAACAAAACUUCAGCUAUUGGUUAAAAUUUAAAUCCGUAUUGCCCUCGGUUCCUGGAAGUGUUUUCAGUGGUAAUGUGCUCGAUUUUAUAACACUUAAAACUCACUUUGGGUUCCACCUGAGGACCAUUUACAAUGAUCCCAAGUAUAGCAAGGAAGCGGCGGUUGGUGUUUAUGGCCUUUACAAGCCAACUUUGCUGGUGCGAGAUCCAGAGUUGCUGAAAUCAAUCUUUAUUCGAGAUUUUGAUUGCUUUACGAAUCGCUUUGCAAGACCUGCUGUUAAAAGUGAUAGAGUAGCGAGUCUGAUGCUGUUCUUUUUGAAGCGCUCCGAUUGGAAAGAACUACGCACAAAGUUUUCUCCAUUUUUUUCCAGUGCAAAGCUGAAGCAUAUGUUUCCCCUAGUUCAGCAGGUGGGCGAUGAUUUGGAUGCACACUUGAAGAGCAGAGGCAAACGUUUCAUUGCCGAGAUAAAGGACAUUUCCUCGCUUUAUACCAUCGAUAUAACAGCCACCACCAUUUUUGGGCUUAAGACUCAUUGUCUGAAAAAUCCCAAAGAACAAAUGAAUGUUGAAGCCAGGCGCAUGGUGGACUUCAGUUGGCAAAGGGCUUUGAAUCACAUGUGUUUAUUUUUCAUUCCUGAUCUAUGUGAAACCUUGGGAGUUAGGUCAUUCCAUCGAACAUCGGAGCAUUUUGUAAAAUCCACCCUAGAUCAAGUCAUUGGGUAUCGGGAGAAGUCCGGGGAGCAACGUAAUGACCUGAUUGACAUUAUUCUUAAACUGAGGCAAGAGGCUAUCGAAAGUGGGAAAGAUAUCAACGAAUUCAUGGAUGUUAUGUAUGCCCAAGCAGCCAUAUUUUUGUUGGGCGGCUUUGAGACAUCUUCGUCCGCCAUUGCUCAUGGUCUCUUGGAAUUAGCUAAGCAACCAGAAAUCCAAGAAAAACUUAGAGCAGAAAUACUUCACGCCUUUGUUGAUGGCGACGGCGUUAUAACAUAUGAGGCAAUUGGAAAAAUGGAAUACCUUGAUAUGGUGGUGCAUGAAGUCAUGCGUUUGUAUCCCCUCUUCACUUUCUUGGAGAGAAAAUACGAAAGGCCGUUGAACAGGACAGAUCCUUACACUCUCAAACCGUUCUAUGAUAUGAUAUUACCCGAAGGAACUCCCAUUUACAUAUCUGUCUAUGGCUUGCAUUAUGACGAGAAGUAUUGGCCCAAUCCUGAAAAAUUCGAUCCGGAACGUUUCUCACCCACCAACAAAGGCAGCAUCCAUCCCAUGGUAUACAUUCCUUUCGGCGCUGGACCUCGCAACUGCAUUGGUGCUCGCCUUGGUAUGAUUCAGGUUAAAAUUGGUUUGUUACAAUUUUUGAAAAAUCACUACGUUCGAGUCUGCGAUCAAACGCAAAAGCAUCCAGUGUUUGAUCCUAAAGCAGCUAUCAUUCAAAUAAAGGGUGGCAUUCACUUAGAGGUUUGUGAAGAUCUCAUGUGUGAUGAAGCCGUGGGCCAACGUAAUUUAACUUAA